AUGGAAUCCUGUUGAUUAGAAUUAUAUCGAGGCACACACAGAUUUUGUUCAAUACUUGUAACUACUCUUCGUUCCUGCAAUAAAGUCUGUUAUUUUUUUAUCAUACGACGUGUGCAUUCUUUAUCUGGCGCUACGAACAGGAUCGUUAUACGCCUUCGUGGAAAACAUCUGGAAGUUUGUACGAGCCCAGCCAACCAUCAUCAGUAUCCACUUCCGUAAGAGAAACGAUCUGAGAACCUGAUAGCCACGUCCGAGGUGCCUGCAGAACGAGCCUAGGGCAUAGAGAAACAGAGAGCUACAAGAACCAGAGCAGUCUCCGUUAUGAAAAAUUUGAUUUUUCACAUAACGCUAGAGUAAGCCAAAUCCAUUUUAUCUAUUUAGUCAAAGAAACUUUUGGUAAAUCUCCAGUACGAGAACGAUCACCCAUUAGAAGACAACCAGUAAAAAACCAAGCUAACGUUAGAGAGGAAUUCAGAACAACUAUGGCUGACAAUCCACAAAUGUUAUUUAACCUAUUGAAAGAUAGUGUGCCUA